AGCCCUCCCCAUACCCUGGGCGCGGAGCACAAGGAUUGGCCACUCCUCUUUGUACUGCUCUUUUCCUCUUAUUUCAGUUUUCUUCGAGAACAAAUCUGGUUUGUAGAUGUGCUUGGGGAGAAUGAGGGCCUCUUCUCCAAGAAGCCCGGAGCCUGUUGGGCCGCCGGCGCCCCGCCCCCCCUUCUGCUGCGGAGGAUCCCUGCUGGCGGUUUUCGUGCUGCUCGCGCUGCCGGUGGCCUGGGGUCAAUGCAAUGCCCCGGAACAGCUUCCAUUUGCCAGGCCUACCAACCUAACUGAUGCAUCUGAGUUUCCCGUUGGGACACAUCUGAAGUAUGAAUGCCGCCCUGGUUAUUAUGGAAGACCAUUUUCUAUCAUCUGCCUAAAAAACUCAGUCUGGACAAGUGCUAAGGACAAGUGCACACGUAAAUCAUGUCGUAAUCCUAAAGAUCCUGUGAAUGGCAUGGUUCAUGUGAUCAAAGACAUCCAGUUCGGAUCCCAAAUUAAUUAUUCUUGUACUAAAGGACACCGACUCAUUGGUUCCUCGUCCGCCACAUGCAUCAUCUCAGGCAAUACUGUCAUUUGGGAUAAUGAAACACCUGUUUGUGAGAAAAUUUCUUGUGGGCUACCACCCACCAUAGACAACGGAGAUUUCUUUAGUGCCAACAAAGAGUAUUUUCACUAUGGAUCUGUGGUGACCUACCACUGCAAUCUUGGAAGCGGAGGGAGAAAGGUGUUUGAGCUCGUGGGUGAGCCCUCCGUAUACUGCACCAGCAAUGAAGAUCAAGUGGGCAUCUGGAGCGGCCCGGCCCCUCAGUGCAUUAUACCUAACAAAUGCACGCCUCCAAAUGUGGAAAAUGGAAUAUUGGUAUCUGUCAACAGGAGCUUAUUUUCCUUAAAUGAAGUUGUGGAGUUUAGGUGUCAGCCUGGCUUUGUCAUGAAAGGACCCCACCGUGUGCAAUGCCAAGCCCUGAACAAAUGGGAGCCAGAGUUACCAAGCUGCUCCAGGGUAUGUCAGCUGCCUCCGGAUGUCCUGCAUGGUGAGCGUACCCAAAGGGACAAGGACAUCUUUUGGCCUGGGCAGGAAGUGUUCUACAGCUGUGAGCCCGGCUAUGACCUCAGAGGGGCUGCGUCUCUGCGCUGCACACCCCAGGGAGACUGGAGCCCUGCAGCCCCCACAUGUGAAGUGAAAUCCUGUGAUGACUACCUGGGCCAACUUCCUAAUGGUCAUGUGCUAUUUCCACUUAAUCUCCAGCUUGGAGCAAAAGUAGAUUUUGUUUGUGAUGAAGGAUUUCGAUUAAAAGGCAGCUCUGCUAGUUACUGUGUCUUGGCUGGAAUGGAAAGCCUUUGGAAUAGCAGUGUUCCAGUGUGUGAACAAAUCUUUUGUCCAACUCCUCCAGUUAUUCCUAAUGGGAGACACACAGGAAAACCUCUGGAAGUCUUUCCCUUUGGAAAAGCUGUAACUUACACAUGUGACCCCCACCCAGACAGAGGGAUGACCUUCGAUCUCAUUGGGGAGAGCACCAUCCGCUGCACAAGUGACCCUCAAGGGAAUGGGGUUUGGAGCAGCCCUGCCCCUCGCUGUGGAAUUCUGGGUCACUGUAAAGCCCCGGAUCAUUUUCCGUUUGCUAAGUUGAAAACCCAAACCAAUGCAUCUGACUUUCCCAUUGGGACAUCUUUAAAGUACGAAUGCCGUCUUGAGUACUACGGGAGGCCGUUCUCUAUCACAUGUCUAGAUAACCUGGUGUGGUCGAGUCCCAAAGAUGUCUGUAAACGUAUAUCAUGUAAAACUCCUCCAGAUCCACUGAAUGGCAUGGUGCACGUGAUCACAGACAUCCAGGUUGGAUCCAGAAUCAACUAUUCUUGUACUACAGGGCACCGACUCAUUGGUCACUCAUCUGCUGAAUGUAUCAUCUCAGGCCAUACUGCCCACUGGAGCACAAAGCCGCCAAUUUGUCAACGAAUUCCUUGUGGGCUACCCCCAGCCAUCGCCAAUGGAGAUUUCAUUAGCACUAACAGAGAGUAUUUUCACUAUGGAUCUGUGGUGACCUACCGCUGCAAUCUUGGAAGCGGAGGGAGAAAGGUGUUUGAGCUCAUGGGUGAGCCGUCCAUAUACUGCACCAGCACAGAUGAUCAAGUGGGCAUCUGGAGCGGCCCGGCCCCUCAGUGCAUUAUACCUAACAAAUGCAUGCCUCCAAAUGUGGAAAAUGGAAUAUUGGUAUCUGUCAACAGAAGUUUAUUUUCCUUAAAUGAAGUUGUGGAGUUUAGGUGUCAGCCUGGCUUUGUCAUGAAAGGACCUCGCCGUGUGCAAUGCCAGGCCCUGAACAAAUGGGAGCCAGAGUUACCAAGCUGCUCCAGGGUAUGUCAGCUGCCUCCGGAUGUCCUGCAUGGUGAGCGUACCCAAAGGGACAAGGACAUCUUUUGGCCUGGGCAGGAAGUGUUCUACAGCUGUGAGCCCGGCUAUGACCUCAGAGGGGCUGCGUCUCUGCACUGUACACCCCAGGGAGACUGGAGCCCUGCAGCCCCCACAUGUGAAGUGAAAUCCUGUGAUGACUACCUGGGCCAGCUUCCUAAUGGUCGUGUGCUAUUUCCACUUAAUCUCCAGCUUGGAGCAAAAGUGGAUUUUCUUUGUGAUGAAGGAUUUCGAUUAAAAGGCAGCUCUGCUAGUUACUGUGUCUUGGCUGGAAUGGAAAGCCUUUGGAAUAGCAGUGUUCCAGUGUGUGAACAAAUCUUUUGUCCAACUCCUCCAGUUAUUCCUAAUGGGAGACACACAGGAAAACCUCUGGAAGUCUUUCCCUUUGGAAAAGCUGUAACUUACACAUGUGACCCCCACCCAGACAGAGGGAUGACCUUCGAUCUCAUUGGGGAGAGCACCAUCCGCUGCACAAGUGAUCCUCAAGGGAAUGGGGUUUGGAGCAGCCCUGCCCCUCGCUGUGGAAUUCUGGGUCACUGUAAAGCCCCGGAUCAUUUUCUGUUUGCCAAGUUGAAAACCCAAACCAAUGCAUCUGACUUUCCCAUUGGGACAUCUUUAAAGUACGAAUGCAGUCUUGAGUACUACGGGAGGCCGUUCUCUAUCACAUGUCUAGAUAACCUGGUGUGGUCGAGUCCCAAAGAUGUCUGUAAACGUAAAUCAUGUAAAACUCCUCCAGAUCCACUGAAUGGCAUGGUGCACGUGAUCACAGACAUCCAGGUUGGAUCCAGAAUCAACUAUUCUUGUACUACAGGGCACCGACUCAUUGGUCACUCAUCUGCUGAAUGUAUCAUCUCAGACCAUACUGCCCAUUGGAGCACAAAGCCGCCAAUUUGUCAACGAAUUCCUUGUGGGCUACCCCCAACCAUUGCCAAUGGAGAUUUCAUUAGCACCAACAGAGAGUAUUUUCACUACGGAUCUGUGGUGACCUACCGCUGCAAUCUUGGAAGCGGAGGGAGAAAGGUGUUUGAGCUUGUGGGUGAGCCCUCCAUAUACUGCACCAGCAAAGAUGAUCAAGUGGGCAUCUGGAGCAGCCCGGCCCCUCAGUGCAUUAUACCUAACAAAUGUAUGCCUCCAAAUGUUGAAAAUGGAAUAUUGGUAUCUGUCAACAGAAGCUUAUUUUUCUUAAAUGAAGUUGUGGAGUUUAGGUGUCAGCCUGGCUUUGUCAUGAAAGGACCCCGCCGUGUGCAAUGCCAGGCCCUGAACAAAUGGGAGCCAGAGUUACCAAGCUGCUCCAGAGUGUGUCAGCCGCCUCCAGAAAUCCUGCAUGGUGAGCAUACCCCAAGCCAUCAGGACAACUUUUCACCCGGGCAGGAAGUGUUCUACAGCUGUGAGCCCGGCUAUGACCUCAGAGGGGCUGUGUCUCUGCACUGCACGCCCCAGGGAGACUGGAGCCCUGAAGCCCCCAGAUGUGCAGUGAAAUCCUGUGAUGACUUCUUGGGUCAACUCCCUCAUGGCCGUGUGCUGUUUCCACUUAAUCUCCAGCUUGGAGCAAAGGUGUCCUUUGUCUGUGAUGAAGGGUUUCGCUUAAAGGGCAGCUCCGUUAGCCAUUGUGUCUUGGUUGGAAGGAGAAGCCUUUGGAAUAACAGUGUUCCUGUGUGUGAACAUAUCUUUUGUCCAAAUCCUCCAGCUAUCCUUAAUGGGAGACACACCGGAACUCUCCUUGGAGAUAUUCCCUAUGGAAAAGAAAUAUCUUACACAUGUGACCCCCACCCAGACAGAGGGAUGACCUUCAAACUCAUUGGGGAGAACACCAUUCGCUGCACAAGUGACCCUCAAGGGAAUGGGGUUUGGAGCAGCCCCGCCCCUCGCUGUGAACUUUCUGUUCGUGCUGGUCACUGUAAAACCCCAGAGCAGUUUCCAUUUGCCAGGCCCACAAUCCCAAUUAAUGACUUUGAGUUUCCAGUCGGGACAUCUUUGAAUUAUGAAUGCCGUCCUGGGUAUUUUGGGAGAAUGUUCUCUAUCUCCUGCCUAGAAAACUUGGUCUGGUCAAGUGUUGAAGACAACUGUAGACGAAAAUCAUGUGGAACUCCUCCAGAACCCUUCAAUGGAAUGGUGCAUAUAAACACAGAUACCCAGUUUGGAUCAACAGUUAAUUAUUCUUGUAAUAAAGGGUUUCGACUCAUUGGUUCCCCAUCUACUACUUGUCUCGUCUCAGGCAAUAAUGUCAUGUGGGAUAAGGAGGCACCUAUUUGUGAGAUCAUAUCUUGUAAGCCACCUCCAACCAUAUCCAAUGGAGACUUCUACAGCAACAACAGAAUAUCUUUUCACAGUGGAACAGUGGUAACUUACCAGUGCCACACUGGACCAGAUGGAGAACAGCUGUUUGAGCUCGUGGGAGAACGGUCAAUAUAUUGCACCAGCAAAGAUGAUCAAGUUGGUGUUUGGAGCAGCCCUCCACCUCAAUGUAUUUCUACUAAUAAAUGCACAGCUCCAGAAGUUGAAAACGGAAUUAGAGUACCAGGAAAUAGGAGUUUCUUUUCCCUCAAUGAGAUCGUGAGAUUUAGAUGUCAGCCUGGCUUUGUCAUGGUAGGGUCCCACACUGUGCAGUGCCAGACCAACGACAGAUGGGGGCCCAAGCUGCCACACUGCUCCAGGGUGUGUCAGCCACCUCCAGAAAUCCUGCAUGGUGAGCAUACUCCAAGUCAUCAGGACAACUUUUCACCUGGGCAGGAAGUGUUCUACAGCUGUGAGCCCGGCUAUGACCUCAAAGGGGCUGCGUCUCUGCAUUGCACGCCCCAGGGAAACUGGAGCCCUGAAGCCCCCACAUGUACAGUGAAAUCCUGUGAUGACUUCCUGGGCCAACUCCCUCAUGGCCGUGUGCUGUUUCCACUCAAUCUCCAGCCUGGGGCAAAGGUGUCCUUUGUUUGCGAUGAAGGGUUCCGAUUAAAAGGCAGGUCUGCUAGUCAUUGUGUCUUGGCUGGAAUGAAAGCCCUUUGGAAUAGCAGUGUUCCAGUGUGUGAACAAAUUUUUUGCCCAAAUCCUCCAGCUAUACUUAAUGGGAGACACACAGGAACUCCCCUUGGAGAUAUUCCCUAUGGAAAAGAAAUAUCUUACACAUGCGACCCCCACCCAGACAGAGGGAUGACCUUCGACCUUAUUGGGGAGAGCACCAUCCGCUGCACAAGUGACCCUCAAGGGAAUGGGGUUUGGAGCAGCCCUGCCCCUCGCUGUGAACUUUCUGUUCCUGCUGCCUGCCCACAUCCACCCAAGAUCCAAAACGGGCAUUACAUUGGAGGACACGUAUCUCUAUAUCUUCCUGGGAUGACAAUCAGCUACAUUUGUGACCCCGGCUACCUGUUAGUGGGAAAGGGCAUCAUUUUCUGUACAGACCAGGGAAUCUGGAGCCAACUGGAUCAUUAUUGCAAAGAGGUAAAUUGUAGCUUCCCACAGUUUAUGAAUGGAAUCUCGAAAGAGUUAGAAAUGAAAAAAGUGUAUCACUAUGGAGAUUACGUGACUUUGGAGUGUGAAGAUGGGUAUGCGCUGGAAGGCAGUCCCUGGAGCCAGUGCCAGGAGGAUGACAGAUGGGACCCUCCUCUGGCCAUAUGUACCUCUCGUGCACGUGAUGCUCUAAUAGUUGGCACUUUAUCUGGUAUGAUCUUUAUUUUAUUCAUCAUUUUCCUCCCUUGGAUAAUUCUAAAGUACAGAAAAGACAAUAAUGCACAUGAAAAACCUAAAGAAGUGGCUAUCCAUAUACAGUCUCAAGGAGGCAGCAGCGUUCAUCCCCAAACUCUGCAAACAAAUGAAGAAAAUAGCAGUGUCUUUCCUUGACAAAGUACUAUACAGCUGAAGAACAUCUCGAGGUACAAUUUUGGUUGGAAAGGAGCCAAUUGGUUUCAACAGAAUCAGAUCUGAGCUUCAUAAAGUCUUUGAAGUGACUUCACAGAGAUGCAGACAUGUGCACUUGAAGAUGCUGCCGCUUCCCCAGUACCUAGCAAAGUUCCUCCCUCUUUGUGUGUGUCACUGUGAAACCCCCACCCUUCUGCCUCAUGCUAAAUGCACAGAGUGUCUAGUUGGGGGAAAAGACUGCAUUUAGGAGAUAGAUAAUGGUUUGGAUUACUUAAAGGAAUAAGGUGUUGCCUGGAAUUGCUGGUUUAUAAGUUGGUCAUUUUUCUUUUUUAAAAUAUUUGUAAUAUGGAAUGGGCUCCUUAAGGAGAGCUUGGAAAAUGCAGAAAGUUACGAAAAAUAAGUCACAUAUAAUUAUGCUACCUAGUGAUAACCACUCCUAAUAUUUUGAUUCAUUUUCUGCCUUUCUUCUUUCACAUAUGUGUUUUUUUACACAUGUACUUUUCCCCCCUUAGUUUCCUUUUAUUUUAUAGAGCAGAACCCUAGACUUUUAAACAGUUUGGAGUGAAAUAUAUGCUAUAUCAGUUUUUACUUUCUCUAGGGAGAAAAGUUAAGUUACUAGAGAGGCAUGAAAUGAUUAUGGGAAGAGUGGUUAAGACUACUCAAGAGAAAUAUUUGGAAAAUAAGCUUUGGAUAUUUUCUAAGCUGUAUUUCAAAAGCACUUUUUGCUAUGUUCUUUAUUAAAAACAUAAUAAAAAUUGAAAGAAUAAUUGUUAUUAUAAAAGUAACUAGCUUAGUUUUGUAUGGAUUCAGAAUAUACUAAAUUAACUUUUUAAAACAUAAAUUUUAAAAAAUAUAUCAAAAUAAUAUGUUCUGAUAUUUUUAAAAUAAAUGACCUUGUGCUCUUCAACCUGUCCACAUCUUUAGAGAAUAAAAAUGUGUUAUGUUAUUAUGGACUAUGCUAACGACCUCUAGAAAACAUCAGAAUAUUUCUGGAUAUUUAAUAAUAGCUUUAUAUAUGACCACUGCUCAUUUCUGUGUAAUUCUGUUUAACAGUUGCUUUAAAGGUGAAUUCUGCCACCUUUACUUUGAUAGCAAUAUAAGGAGUGAGAUAGACAUGAACCUGAAUUUCAAUUUAAAAUCAUGGAAGAGAGGGGAAAAAAACAGCUUAAGAAAAAUCAACUGAUAAAGGGCAAGAAAAAAAUGCAACUUACAUCACAAAGGCUAAUUACUUUAUUAUUUAGAGAGUACUUAAAAAUUCAAAGACCAAACUUCUCUCCACCCCACAAAAAUGGGCAAAGGACAUACAGCUAGGUCACCAAGAAAGAAGGGCAAGUAGGUGGUGAAUAUAUGUAAAUAUACUUGAUAGGACUUUUGCUUAGUUGGAUCUUUAGCAAAUCUCUUUUAUUUCUUGGGAUUUUGAAGAAGUAACUUUUAAAGGAGGACUAGAAACAAAGUGAUUGGGAAUUGGUCUUUUUUGAAUUAAAAUUUCCCAUCACAAGAAAAAAAAGUUCUGUGUUCUCUUUUUUUCCAAAAUGGAGUAGGUCAGUGAGCAAUGCGAUUAAUAAAUAUGCAAUGCCUAUGACUUUUAUUUUAUUUUGUUUUGUUUUGGAGACAGGGUCUUGCUUUGUUACCCAGGCUGGAAUGCAGUGGUGCUAUCUAGGCUUACUGCAACCUCACCUGUAACUUUUUAAUUGCAAGAAAGCCAAAAGAUUUUUUUCUCUUACAUCAGUUAUAAUGAGAAAUACUGUAUAUGCUAACUAUGAGUAAAAUACUAUAUUGCCUAACUUGUAUUAUUAAGCAAUUCUGCUGACCUGAGACCUUACAUUUUCAUCUGAAAAGCAGGGACUGGACACCAAUUGCCCUCUGGUUAUUCCUAGUCCUAAUAUUCUUUGUUUUGCUUGCUUUUCUGGCACACUUAAGUGUGUAGUAUAAAGUUUAUGGUGCUUAAAUGAAAUUUUCUGUCUCUACCAUUAUAAUGAGAAGGGAAUAAAAUACUUUAUUUUGCAAAUCUACUCAUGGAA